CUUGCAGUUCUAUGUGCUGAAAGAGUGGGCCAGAUGACUAAAACAUACAAUGACAUAGAUGCUGUUACACGUCUUCUUGAAGAGAAAGAACGGGACUUAGAAUUAGCUGCUCGGAUUGGCCAGUCGCUGUUAAAGAAGAAUAAAUCACUGACAGAAAGAAAUGAAUUCCUGGAGGAGCAAGUAGAACACAUCAGGGAAGAGGUUUCUCAGUUGCGGCAUGAACUCUCCAUGAAAGAUGAGCUGCUCCAGUUCUAUACUAGUGCUGCUGAAGAGAGUGAGCCGGAGUCCGUCUGUUCCACCCCGCUGAAGAGGAAUGAAUCUUCUUCCUCCGUCCAGAAUUACUUUCACUUGGAUUCUCUUCAAAAGAAACUCAAGGACCUUGAAGAGGAGAAUGUUGUGCUUAGAUCUGAGGCCUGUCAGCUGAAGACUGAAACAAUUACUUACGAAGAGAAAGAACAACAGCUUGUCAAUGACUGUGUGAAAGAGCUAAGGGAUGCAAACAUCCAGAUUGCCAAUAUCUCCGAAGAGUUAGCAAAGAAAACCGAAGAUGCCGCCCGGCAGCAGGAAGAAAUCACCCAUCUUCUCUCUCAGAUAGUUGAUCUGCAGAAAAAGGCAAAAGCUUGUGCGGUUGAAAAUGAAGAACUUGUCCAGCAUUUGGGAGCAGCUAAAGAUGCCCAGAGACAGCUCACAGCAGAGUUGCGGGAGCUGGAAGACAAGUAUGCAGAGUGCAUGGAAAUGCUUCAUGAGGCUCAAGAAGAGCUGAAAAACCUUAGGAACAAGACUAUGCCAAAUGCCAUUUCACGUCGGUACCACUCUCUUGGUCUCUUCCCUAUGGAUUCUUUGGCAGCAGAGAUAGAAGGGUCAAUGAGGAAAGAACUGCAUUUAGAUGAACCCGACUCUCCUGACUUGGCUCAUCAGAAGCGGGUCUUCGAGACGGUGAGGAAUGUUAACCAAGUUGUCAAGCAGAGAUCCAUGACUCCGUCUCCAAUGAAUAUCCCAGGCUCUAACCAGUCCUCUGCUAUGAACUCAGUCAUGUCGAGCUGUGUCAGCACUCCACGUUCCAGUUUCUAUGGGGGAGACAUCUCUAACAUCGUGAUAGACAACAAGACCAAUAGCAUCAUCCUAGAGACAGAAUCCUCUGACAAUGGAAAUGAAGAUAGGAUGAAGAAGCCUGGAACUCCAGGGACUCCAGGCUCCAGUGACCUAGAGACUGCCCUUCGCAGGCUGUCCCUCAGGCGGGAGAAUUACCUCUCGGAGCGGAAGUUCUUUGAAGAAGAGCAGGAAAGGAAAUUGCGGGAACUGGCAGAAAAGGGCGAACUCCAGAGUGGCUCCGUGACCCCUACAGAGAGCAUCAUGUCGCUGGGCACUCACUCCAGAUUUUCAGAAUUCACUGGAUAUUCAGGAAUGUCGAUCAGCAGUCGCUCCUACCUGCCAGAAAAGCUUCAGAUUGUGAAACCACUAGAAGGUUCUGCCACUUUGCACCACUGGCAGCAGCUGGCUCAGCCUCACCUGGGUGGGAUCCUGGACCCGAGGCCCGGGGUUGUCACUAAGGGCUUCAGGACCCUGGACCUGGACCUGGAUGAAGUAUACUGCCUUAAUGACUAUGAGGAAGAUGAGACAGGUGACAUUUCUUACAAGGGCCUAACUACCUCGACGCCAGUUCAGCACACAGAGACCUCAGUACCUCAUCCUGGGAAGUGCAUGUCACAAACCAACUCCACCUUCACCUUCACCACCUGCCGCAUUCUGCACCCUUCCGAUGAACUCACACGAGUCACACCAAGCCUUAACGCAGCACCUACUCCAGCUUGUGGCAGCAUUGGCAAUUUGAAAGGCACCCCGGUGGCUACUCCCUGUACUCCUCGGCGUCUGAGUUUGGCUGAAUCCUUCACCAACCUCCGGGAAUCCACGACGACGAUGAGCACAUCUCUGGGGCUGGUGUGGCUGCUGAAGGAACGGGGCAUCUCGGCAGCAGUGUACAAUCCGCAGAGCUGGGACAGAGCCAGCAGAGGCACCCUCCUGAACACAUACCCCCCUAAAAUGGCGAUCAUUCCUUCUACUCCACCGAACUCACCUAUGCAGACACCUUCUUCGUCCCCUCCAUCUUUUGAGUUUAAGUGCACCAGCCCACCUUAUGACAACUUCUUGGCUUCAAAGCCUGCUAGUUCAAUCUUGAAAGAGGUGAGGAAUAAAAAGAACAUCAGAAACAGCGAGAGUCAGACUGACGUGUCCGUUUCCAACCUUAAUCUCGUGGACAAAGUCAAGAGGUUUGGUAUCGCCAAAGUUGUGAGUUCAGGGCAAGCAUCAGCUCUUCCUUUAACUGAGGACCAGGGACCUCUUCUCUGUGGGGCACAAGGACCAGUGAGGGCCCUUGUUCCUGGAGGCCUGGCACCAGAUGGUCUCCCAUUGGGCUGCCCUGCCGUGACCAGCACCAUCGGGAGCAUCCAGCUGAACACUGGCAUCCGAAGGAAUCGGAGCUUCCCCACCAUGGUGGGUUCCAGCAUGCAGAUGAAAGGCCCGACGUCUCUCACUUCGGGGAUCCUCAUGGGAACCAAGCUCCCAAAGCAAACUAGCUUACGAUGA